AACCAAAACAAUCCCAGCAUGGCCAGCUGCUGGGCGUCUGUACACGUCACACUCUAACCCGGAAGUGCAGUGACAGCUCGUGAAAAUCUUCAUCCCUUUCGUGGAACAGCGAAACAAAGCUUGCCAAGAAGCUCAGGCAGACAUGCAGUACUGACAAACCUACUGACAGAGAGAACUGACGGACAGAGUCCAGCUGGCGAGUCAUGGCAGCAGCGAGCGGAACAGAUGUGCGGGGGACUUUGAUCUAGGGUGCCCACAGCUAUUUUGGAGUCUGGAUAUCCUGCUACACUGGAUUCAUCUCUCUGCAGCUCUCUGUAUGGCCGGUGCUGUUUAAAAGGCAGCCAGCUUGACUGAUUAUUGGCCCUUUCUUCCCCUACACGCCCCAUACCUCCUCACCCCCACCUGGCUGGUGCAUUGGCCUUAUUCAGGUCAUCUCUGCAUCAAGGCUGGCAAUGUCCAGAAUCCCAAGCCCCCCUCCCCCAGAGGAAAUGGCCAGCGGUCCUGUAGCUGAGAGCUGGUGUUACACUCAGAUCAAAGUAGUGAAGUUCUCCUACAUGUGGACCAUCAACAACUUCAGCUUCUGCCGUGAGGAGAUGGGAGAGGUCAUCAAAAGCUCCACUUUCUCCUCAGGAGCCAACGACAAACUCAAAUGGUGUUUGCGUGUGAACCCUAAAGGUCUGGAUGAGGAGAGUAAAGACUAUCUGUCACUUUACUUGCUCUUAGUCAGCUGCCCAAAAAGUGAGGUGCGCGCCAAGUUUAAGUUUUCUAUCCUCAAUUCCAAGGGAGAAGAGACCAAAGCCAUGGAGAGCCAGAGAGCGUACCGUUUUGUCCAGGGGAAGGACUGGGGUUUCAAAAAGUUCAUAAGGAGGGACUUCCUGCUGGAUGAGGCCAACGGUCUGCUGCCCGAUGACAAAUUAACACUUUUCUGUGAGGUGAGUGUGGUGCAGGACUCUGUGAACAUCUCCGGCCAGAACACAAUGAACAUGGUGAGGGUUCCUGACUGCAGGCUGGCUGAGGAGCUUGGAGAUCUGUGGGAAAACUCUAGAUUCACUGACUGCUCCUUGUGUGUCACCGGCCAGAAAUUCCAGGCGCACAAAGCCAUCCUAGCAGCUCGCUCGCCGGUGUUCAGUGCCAUGUUUGAGCACGAGAUGGAAGAGAGUAAGAAGAAUCGUGUGGAGAUAAAUGACGUGGAGCCAGAUGUCUUCAAAGAGAUGAUGUGCUUCAUCUACACAGGCAAGGCCCCCAACCUGGACAAGAUGGCUGAUGACCUGCUGGCUGCAGCUGACAAGUAUGCUCUGGAGAGGCUGAAGGUGAUGUGCGAGGACGCUCUGUGCACGAGUCUGAGUGUGGAGAACGCCGCAGAGAUCCUCAUCCUCGCCGACCUGCACAGCGCCGACCAGCUCAAGACGCAGGCUGUGGACUUCAUCAACUAUCACGCAGCUGAUGUGAUGGAGACAUCGGCGUGGAAGUCCAUGGUGAUCUCUCACCCACACCUGGUAGCAGAGGCUUAUCACUCCCUGGCCUCGGCUCAGUGCCCCUUCCUAGGUCCCCCAAGAAAACGACUCAAACAGUCCUAAUGGUCCGGAGAGACUCUCCUGUCAUAACCCUGCUGUGUCCACCGGUACCGGCAACCUCACUGCUCCUUCUUCCCAGUCCCGCUCUCUCUCCUACAGCAUCCUGAGACGCCCAAGAUUGAAACCCAAGGUUAGAUAUGUCAAGGGGGAGCUACUGAGCUGGACAGACCGGAGAAUUACAGGAUUGCUGCCACAGAGGAGGUACUAGCAUCUCUGUAGGUGGGAAUAGGUUGAACUCUGAAAGACCUAAACCUGGAUAUUUAUGGAUUGCAAACUCAAAGACUUGCCCAUUCCAUAUAUCCUUUGUAUACGAUAUUGGAAAGCUAGAACCAUAUUCUGCAAGUCAGACACGUAAAGGGCUGAUCUUCUGGUUCGGAAGGAAAGGUCAAUGUUGAGUCUGUGUAAAUAGAAUUUUGUGGCAUAUUGUUUUGUACAGUGGCUUGAAUGUUAAAGCCCAAAGUGUGCUUGUAUAAGACAAAGAGGAUCAACCCACAGAAGACUGUUGUUCCCAUUGUUGAUGAUUUAAACAGUGCUCGUACAAAGUAUUGUUUUUCUAGCGCACAAAUAAUUCUCAAAAAGAAUACAAAUCUGAACAUGUUUUAAUGUUCACUAUUUAGCCUGUGCCUUAAACCGGGAAAACACUGUACAGAUUAAGACUGGUCGCCCUCAACUCUUAGAAUCAGGCCAAAUUUGAUGUGAAGUUUGACUUGGAUCCAGAUGCCAGAUUAAUCAACGAUCUGGCUGGCAGACAAUUUGGUUGGAUUUCUGUCAUGUCCGAAACUUUGCUCGGCUUUUUUGCAGUUUGAGCAGAUCCAUAAUCUGAUUUCCCUCAUGGCUGCUGUCAAACUAUCCAUUAUAAACUGUUGUGACCUUGAUUUUAUAUUAUUGGAGAAGUUUUUUACAUUUUGGGACUAUAGUCUUGACUGAGACUCCUGGGAUAUAAAAAUGAACUUUUCUGCAGAAUAGACAGACCAUAUUGUCUGCGUCUUCCAGCCAUCUACGCCUCUAUGUUUUUCUUUUCUUCCCCUUCUUCUUCAAUUCAUAGUAGAAUUGCACAAAGGAAUACUGGCUUUCUCUCUUUUUGUCAUCAUUGUUGAGGAAGCAGUCUUCUUGUUUGAAUAAUUUUUUUGGAAGUGUCACUGUACAAAAUCGGGUUCCAUUCUUAAAUUCAACAUAUGCAGCCGCUUUGUGGCUGUUCUGUUGAUCCCUACAGUGUGAGCAUAAGUAGCAGGUUCUGGCCCUGCCAGCGGGCAGAUUACAUUGAGUAGUGUUGAGUUAACACAAUGUAGAAGAUUAAUAAAAAUGCACAGUUUCUGCCUAGCUUAAAAAAAAUGUAUCAAAGAAUCCGAUCAAGAAAAAAAAACCUUUUUACUUACCUGUUACCACAGAAUAUUCUCUAUGACUGGAACAAUGUUUUGGCUUCUAAACCUUUAAAAUACAGAUGUUUUUAAUUUUG